AUGCAAAGUUUCAAUGCAGGUGACGAUGUACAACGAUCGAUCGAGUUGUUGGACAAGGUGCUCUCAGAGUACGACUUGCGGGGGAGCGGAAGCGGCGGAGGCAUCGGGGAUUGUGGCAGUAGCACGGAACCAAGUAUUGGUCUUACGCCCGACGACGAGAGUCCGUCCUUAGGACACCAAUCCGAAGACGACGGUUACAUGAGCAUGAAUGGUCGGAAAACAAAAAUGGCGCUGUUAGCAUUACGUCCGGUUCCGGAUUGUCCAGAGCCUCAAGAUCUAGCAGGUGUUUCGACGCAAGAAUUUCCACCACCCCCGGAAGAAGCCGAACGUAUUAUUUCAACUCUUCUACCAAUGGUUUCGCCAGGAAACUCGUCAAAGAAGAACGUAAGCCAUGCCUCAGAGCGACAAAGUAACGCUGGUAGCCGGCAGCAGUGGAUGGUGGCCGUGGAGGAUAGCAUGCGUCAUGGGAACGCGGUUACCACACAGACCACUCUCCCGAAAACCCGUCAUCAACGGCCGUAUGGUUGGGAGAACGGGACCGUAGAUUCGUUGCGAUUGGCUCAACUGCCCAGUCCACCCAGUAAAUUCGCCAGCUUGCCGUACGAUGGCAAGGUGUCCUUCAACUGGAUCCCACCGCGUACGAACCCGAGCGCGGUGGAAAAGCACCGGGAAGUGCGUCGUCGUUCCUCAGAGGAGUGUUUAGAGGACAGAGGUGGCAGCCAUCAGCGACAGAGCAGUCCCGAUCGCGUCAGCUACUAUUUAAGGAAACAUCACCGCCAGCAAAACGAGAUCAUGAAGUCGAGUAGCGUGGAGGACCGUCUGCUGAUGAACAGGUCAGACAAGGAGUCGAUGCGACGCACUCGUAAUGAUUCGGAUUCGAGCGAGGGCCGGUUCUCGAGAAACUCUGAGUCUGAGAGUCGGUCCUCGAUACCACGUUCUAGCUCCGUCAGCGUCGAACGGUUCUCCAUGCGUGCCAACUGCGACUCGUCAGACUUUUCGCGCGCCAACUCCACGUCGAAUGAGCGCUUCCACUCGGACUUCUCGAUCGCGGUGGCAAGCGCAAGUUCGAACGAUCAUGUAUCCGUGCCGACCUCUGAACCGUUUUCCAUACGCAAUCUCGAUUUUGUUUCGUUCGCAUUGCCGCACGUAGACUCGAGCGAACGUUUCUCUGCGCCUACAUCCGACCAUUGUUCUGAGGAGCGCUACUCUGACCUGUUCUCCACACGUAAUUCCGAUUUCUCCGCACGAAAUUCGGCCGACUUUAGAACGCAAUCGGAGGAGGAGCGCUUUUCCGAUGACUCCUUGGAAGAGUUACUGCCACCACCGCCACCCAUCAGCAAAAGACAUUCCAUUGCGUGGGAGGUUUCUUUGGAGGAUGAUCCUUUAUACGCGCCCGGCAGCACUAAGGUUGUUGGUAGGAGACGACGAAAGAGCAGCGAUGUAUCAAGUGUAGGUUCCGCGUCGAAGUUGCGCGACUUCGACGACUGGCAAGAUCAACGACUGUCGACGACUGAUGAUGAUUUGAUCUCGCCUUAUUCGGACUCGUCCACGAACGAUCUCGAUCAGAUACGGCCACAAGUGCUUACGAAAAACGGCACUUAUGUCAUACGACGCGGCAAGAAAGAGCGCAAAGUUCUACCGAAAACGCCGACCAAGACCAAAAGUUUGUCCUUCGAGAACAGCGAGAAAGACAGCCGACUAUCGGAUGUAAAACGAUACUCGAGCACUUUCGACAACAUCAAGAGUCUACUGAAAGAGGGCAAACUGGAGAGUCUAGAGGAGCCGUCUGUAAAAUUUAUGAUUCCACCGCCGGAUCUUAUCCGAGUCGAAUCGAUGCCGGCGAUCAACAACGACUCCAGCAAUCGGGCCCAGCUGGAAAUCACCGUAGAAGAGGAAGAGGCGUCCGACAUUUCGGAUAGGGACAAGGAGCGCGACAACAUUAAAUUAUCUCGGUUACCACAGUCGCCAGUUGAGAACGAUCAAAUAAAUCCUCGUCUGGAUCAGUUGAGAGACUGCAAUGGUGUUCCGACGGCUUCUAACUUAGUAGAUCUGGAUAUCAGUAGGUUAUCGGCACUCGCCGAGACGACGACAAAGAAAAAACUUACAAGCGCGGUGAGUGAUGAGCGACUAGCUUCUAAGAUCCCGGUAAACUUGCUGAUUGAAGAUCAGAUUGUGAAAAAGGCGCUCAAAGAGAAUCGUCGGCAGCUGGAGAAGGUGAGCGACGCUAUCAAAGAGAUCGAGAACGUGAAGAACAGCGAAUCCUAUUGCGAAAGCAAACACUGGCAGAAUGGUGACUUGAAACAUAAUUCGAAGCGGAACAGCUUCGAGAACGACGGGUUUCCGGUAUACGAUGGCCGGAAACCCGUUACGAUCGAUGGCAGCCCCUAUGAAAGCAGGACGCGCGGCAGGCAGCAGCAACAGCAGCAGCAGUACAACUCUGACUCCGAGACGUCGAAGACCAGCUCGGAUGCGGACUUCGAGGAUCGGAGAAAACUGAACGGUGCUACCGAUGUCGUCUACUCGUCCGGCAGGCGGUUGCGUCAGAAUGGUAUCGAGAAUCAUAAAAACGAUCAGAAGCAGAUCGAGAACGUGAUCGACGCUAUUCUGGAGGAUUCGAAAAAUCCGGAAUUUCAGGUGAAUGUCGAUGUAAUGGAGUUCCCGCCAUUGCCGCCCUCGCCCGUCGAGGAAGCUGACGAGGAAAGCUGCUCAGAUAUCGGUCAAAAUGUUGUGAUGACGCCACUGAAAUCCAAGAAUCAUAACAGUAGCCGGACCGUAGAGUACAGACCAAGAGUGCCACCCCAUCGUGUUCCAUCGAUCAUCGAUCCAAAAGAUAAGGCUUCCUUGAAUACCAGGUCCAUGGAUGCCGGUUUUACCAAGGGGAGACGUGCACCAGCCACCAAUAAUUCAAGACGAGAAGUACCCGUAGAACGAAGAACUCUGCCCACCGAUUUACCAGGACCAUCUCGCCGACGACCGUUUACGAAAAGGCACUCGCCAUCAGCGGAGGCGUGUUCUUCCGGGAGCAGUAACAACGGUAGUGGUCUGCACACCGGUAGCAGUAUCGUUACUGGCACUGGUUCCGGUAUGCAGACAUCGUGUUCUUUACCGGAGACCCCAGUGUUUGCCAGGGGCAGCGACAUCCCUAGAACGCCGCAACACGCUGGCAAUCCUACGCAGUCAAGACGGCAACCCGGCUGGUAUGCACCUACCACAGCUACCGGUUACCGACGGAACAAUCCUGGUCUGGAGCAAGCUAUAAUUGGCACUGAACUUCUCCGACUGGCAGGAGGUCCAAAUCGCGGAUGGUAUCCUACAAGAAAGGCAAAUCAGCCACGGCCGGCGUCAAUCGAACAUCUCGAACGACUUAACAAUGCCUAUGAUGCACGAUUACCAGGCACCGGGGACCAGAGGAAACCGCUGACUCUGCCCACAAACAUCACACCCAACAAAUACUUCGGCCAAAGUAAGCACAGCUCCGCCUCCAGCACUCGUGAGGCGCUACGGAGGGUCACUAGCUUGCUCAUCAAGAAAGGAAGCGGUGGCAAAGAUGGGAAGGGCAGCAAGGAUAAUAGUUUACCCUCUGGUCCUUAUGCCGGGUGCGACAACGGUGACGCUCCCAAGAAGAAAAGUUUCUUCAAGGGAUUCUGGAAGCGAUCACGCCACUACUCUCUGGAGAACCAAUAGCCCAGGGGUGCGAGGAUGACGAGCCAUCACCAUCACCAGUGGUAUAAACAGAUGCGACAACAACAACGGCAGCGGGGCAUCGCGGCUCCCAUAACCCUCACAAAUAAAUCUUGCUGCUGUAUCGUCUAGUAACCCCGAUUUACACGCGUAUAUCAAUCGUGACCAUCUUCUCUUCAACCCGAUGUCCAUUUAGCACUCACGACAGUGCAUCUCGUGUUCCUCUCUUAAACCAAAUUCGCAAACGUUUCACUCCUCUUCCCUCUUCUCCGCCAAAUCUGAUGACUACGUUUUACAUUAGCAUGAACGA